ACAAUCCACAAAAAAAUAACAAUUUAAAAUGGGAGAAGUGAGAAAAUUACCAUCUGUAAGCUUUUAUGAUGUUCUAAAAUCAAGUGUUGAUAAUGUUUCGAUAACUACAUCGACAAUCAAAAGUAUUGUUUCCAAGAAAUGCUUUGGUUUCUUCAAUCAUGAUAUUUUCGUAUACAGGUCUUUGGUUUUUAAAAAUAAGCCUUAUGUGACGAAAGAAGCUUACUACAAUCUGAACAAAAAGAUCAGUGAGACAUCUGUCUUCGACUCUACUAGCACUAUGUUUUAUGAUCUUGAUCAUAUCAUAACUAAUAACCAGACAUUACAUUGUAUGGAUAAUGCUAAAGCCAAACCAUUUGAUGAAGUCCCUAAGAAUAGUCGGAAGAAAAGUGGAUUUGUUGCAAACGCUGAAUCUAUAGUCCAAGAAUGCGCUACACAUACACCUCGAAUAAAGCCAUAUAAAACAGUAGAACAAACAAGAAGCAAAAAACGAUGUGCAAGUAAUCACAAAAGCUUUUCAGACAUCUUUUUAACAGAUAACCCAAAUAUGAAUGAUAGAAGGGAGCAAAAACGAAGUACUAUACCAAUGGAUUCAUUGCGUAAUAAAUAUCAUGAAGAGUGUAAAUCUAGCUCUAUUGAAACAAAACACAAAAACCAAUAUCCUGGCAAAACUACAGAUGACCCUUGUCAUUGUCAAUUAUUUUCGUACGAAUGUCCUUGUGAAAACGAAAAGUCAUUGACGCAAUUAGCCAGUAUUGGUAAAUCUUUAAAAGCCAAAAUUGAUAAUAAUGUUUCGAAAAUCAGAAACAAUGAUGAGGACAAAAGUCCAGUUAGAAAAACGUACAAUACAGAGAAUGCACUGUCAGGUAAAAAAAUCAUGAAGGUGGCUAACUUUCUAAAUUCUAAUAAACCAACCGCAAAAUCUUUACGUUACAACAAUACUAAAAUAACCUGUCCACAUUGUAAAGAAAUAAUUAUCAUAGAAGACAUUACAGAAGAUCAAGCCAGUAAUCCAAAAGAAACUGCAGAAGUGUUUGAAAUUGAAUUACCAAAUUACUCUAAAACAAAGCUUGCCUUUCCUAACGAAGCCUCUUGCACUCAUAAUCCACCAUGCGAGUUAAUACGCGCCUGUCAAGUUUUCUCAUCAGACUUUGAGUUUUAUAAUCUGAAGGAAAAAUCGUUGGCUGGGUCAAAAAACAAUAAGAGAAGCAUAAGAGUCACAAAGGCGUGCAGGCACCACCCACCUUGCACAGUAGUACCAUCGUGCCAAAAAAUACACGUCCUUAAAAAUAAAUGCGAAUAUAUACCACCUUGUUUACAUCGCCCUAGAUGUAUUAAUACUCCUUUAUGUAUUCCAAUAUCAAAGGCCCAUGAGUACAUGCUUAUAAAUGAAGAAAAUUAUGAAGAUAAUAGUAUGGAAUUCAAACCAAUGACACGGCGGAAUUAUGGCGAUAUAACUUACAACAGAGUUAAUCAGGACAAUAUGAAUUUGCAAAAUGCUUACGAGUAUUUAAGCGAAUACUCCCCACGAUUGGCGAAACAUCCAAAGAUGGAUUGUAUCUCAUCUACUGUGCUCCCGGUCAAGAUACCAUUAGCAAAACCGUACUAUAAUUGCAAAAUAGCAAAGUCUUGCCAGUUCGAUUAUAAAAAACAAAUAAAUAGUGAUAAAGAAAAUGGAAAAGAAAUAACCGAUAGCGAUGAAAUAAUUUAUAUCAGAGAUGUUGGAUGUCAAUUUCGGAACACAACCAGUAACGCAAACAACACUUCAGAUAGGAAAAAUAAAGCCGAAACUAAUCCAACAGGUUAUUUUAAUUCUAGCAGGGAAUCGUCAGGAACAGCUACCUCUAGCUCCUAUGACAUUAAUGGAAACUGCCCAUCGCAUGGGACUUCAGACCAAGUCCAAAAGAUAGCAGAAUGGAAGAAGUCCAAAAAUAAUCAACGCGUAUUCGGUUCCGAUAUCGAUUCUAUCAUACAAUACUGUCUGAACUAUCGUGACGAUGAUGUAGCUUUGGCUGAUACAAGUAGCGUCUUGGAUUCUGUAAAGUGGCUAGAAUUGUCUCUGCCACAGGUCGAAAAUAAAAAACGGAAAAACGUGUUUCACAUUCGUCGACGCAAGCGAAAACCCUAUACGAAAAAAAUAAGACGACACUUCCAGAUGUAAAUCUUGUUUAAUUUGUUUAUUAACUUUGUAUAAUUUAUAACAUGCACAUAAAUAUA